GGCUAGAUAUAUCCCAGCUCAGAAAUUAUGAGCUUCCGUUCUGACGAGCGCUGAUACUCACAUUGUGUGAUGUAUAGUGUGUGUGGCUUUUCGACUCCGCAAUCAUCCCUCUAUAGGAUGAUUCGGUAGUUAGUAAGUGCAUAGGGAGCUUUAUCUCACGUUCAAACCUCGAAAAGUGGGUUUUUGUGGAUGCUGGCAAAGGAACUCAGCUGUCACCUUCCCAAGGAAGAGUAAACAAGACCCAUCCAAAGCCCAUGGAAGAAUUAUCCAUGACUUUGUUCUUCGUUCGCUUUUAUUCCUGUCCGUUGCUUUGCUUCCGUGUCUUGUCUUUUCUUUUCUUCAUUUUUUUCCCCCGCCCCCUUCCCUCUGGGUAAUUGCUUGUUUUGUCUACUCCGUUCUGUAGGCACGAAUUUUGGGAGUAUCUUUUUCUUUAAUUUUUUCUGCUUCCCCCUUCUCUCCCUUCCUUUCCUAUAAUUUCUUUUUUUUAUGCGGUACUUUGUAUGACCUGUUCUCAAUUUCAGGCCUUUGCAUUGGCAUCUCCUUUAUGCAUAUACAUACUAUACUGUAGAUACCUAACUACUUGCGCAGGCGCAGUAAGUCUUCUCAACUCCGAUAACACAAGCAAAAAAAAUCAAUCAAUCAAUCAAUCAAUAAAUAAAUAAUAUAAAUAAUAUAAAAAAAGAAAAAGAAAAGAAAAAAAAAAUCAUUACCCACAAAGAUAAUUGAACAAAUCAAGGCAAGUAAGUAAUGAACUAUCUACCACUAGAUAGCUACCCAUGGAGUAAUAAGAAAGCUAACCAACUACUACCUAAAUCACCAAGAAACAACACCCUCCAAAUGCCGGUACUGGUACUAUCUUUCUACUCGCAGCGCCGUCCCAGCUACCUGGUUAUAGUAUGAUGGAAUGGAAAGCUAACGUAAAGUAAAACCGAACCAAACCGAACCCGACCUACGGAGAACUCCGUUAGUUACUUAGCUCCUUAUGGAAACUUGGUAGACAGGUCACUUCACAGCUAAGGACGCAAUUCCGCGAUUGAGG